AUGCACCUCUUACCCGACGACGUCCUCCGCCACCUGCCGCGACGCAGCCUCGCUGCCUCACGCUGCGUCUGUCAGUCCUGGCGCGUCAUCAUAGACGACCGCUCCCUGCUCGCCACGGCCGCGCUCCUCCCCUGCACGCUCCGCGGCAUCUUCGUCCAGAUCGGCGUGCCAACUCUGAGCGGCUUCUUCGCCCGCCCCUCGCCGGCGGGGACGAGGAGGCCACCCAUCCCCGGCGUCCUUGACCUAGACUACCUCGACACCAAUCAAAUCGAAAAAUCCCUUCUCACCAUAGUCGACCACUGCAACGGCCUCAUCCUGCUCGACCACCAUGUCGUCAACCCAGCCACGCGCCAAUGGACGCGCCUUCCCCCUUACCCGCCAGAGUCGCCGGGCAGCGACAUCAUCCUCGACGGCUACCACGCCCUCGUCUUUGACCCCGCCAUGUCGCCGCACUACCAGGUGUUCUUGAUGCCCUACGUCCUCCGACGAGCCACGGUUUCAGGCCAGUGGCCGCCUUCGCCAUUGCUCCUCCAUGUCUUCUCCUCGAGGACAGAGCCAGAGGGGAGUACAUGGCGGUGGGAGGAGAGAUCAUUCGUCCGGGAAGGGAACGCCACCAUGGGCACCAUUGAUGAGGUGUGCUCAAGCUCGGGGUGGGAACCCUUUGACACCUACUCCGUCUACUUCCGGGGAUCGCUCUACGUGCAUUGCCAAAACAAUUGCGUCAUCAGAAUCACAAUUGCAAAUCACAGGUAUAGGAUUAUCAAAUUGCCUGGCGAUUUUGUGGGAAAUCAAAAUAUUACUGUCGAUCCUUACUUAGGAAAAUCCCAAGAGGGAGUGUACUAUGCAUUGGUUAUUGGUUUAUGUCGACUCCAAAUUUGGUUCCUCAAGGAAUAUCAAUCAUCAUAUUCUUCUUAUUCGAAUUCAUACUGUGGUGGCAUCAAUGGCGACGGCGGUGGCAUGGAGACGACGACGAUGGAUCAUGAGCACGAGUGGGUGCUCAAGCAUGACGCAGACCUAGGGCCAGUGCUAGCAGCAGGCUACACUCUCAACGACGGUGGCCAGCAAUGGAUAUGGCAUAACAUUGACACCAAAAAGAAAAACAAGGAAUCACUAGUAAAGGAAGAGGAAUUCGAAUGGAACGACUCUGAUGAUGAAAAUGGUAGCGCCGGUGAAGAUAGGCAGUACAAAGGAUACAUCUCUCAAGUAUUUGGAUUUCAUCCUUUCAAAGAGAUCGUUUUCUUGUACGACACAGACACUAGAGUGGUAGCCUACCAUUAUAAUAGAUCAAAGGUUCAAGACUUGGGCGUACUACAAGUACGUGAACGAGUGUCAAGGUCAUUUUCAUACACUCCUUGUUGGAUGCCGGAUUUACCUGGAAUGCACAAUUAACAUUUUGAUUUGAAAUACAUCGACGCUGGAGAUUAAACACCAGCUCGAUCGUCGGCUUAUCAUUUUUGUAAACAAAACAACGUGUUAACAUACGAGUGGAAUCAUGCUAGCUUUGCAGAGUUUGCAGGUGUAUGGUACAGGACGAGAUCAAUCAAUCGAGCG